UUCGGUGACGCUGCAUUAAGGCUACGAGACAUGGAACUGUUCAGUGAGUGCACGAGUUGUUGUCUCAUUAUCCAUAUAUUUAUUUCUUGGAUCCAUCUUAAUGUCCAUACUAAUGGGGCUUGUCGGCUUGGUCUUCAGUUUGACUUCUCUGACUGGAGCUCAGACGCUCUCCCCAGCUCACUAUCUUUCCCUCUCUGAUAUUGGUCGACUUCAAAACCUCUUCAGCCAGCCCUUCACAGACCUGGAAUCGGCAUACUAUUCUGUUGUCGGUCUCAUUAAACUUGGAAUCACUGUUCCUGAUCACAAGGAUGUAUGUCAGUUCCUGAAUUCCCAGCUUGAUCCUACUAAUGUGGACUCAGUCUUCUUUGCAGCCGAGACCAGCCAAGCCAUAUCCGGAUGUGAGAUCCCUGUGACCAAUGACACGCGAGAUAUGCUACUGGCUGCUGUCAGUGAAGACUCCUCCAUGAUUCAGAUUCAACGUGCUGUGAGUGCACUUAGCUCUUUGGGACUUCCUCUGACCUCUCAGGAGGUUGUUGGUGCACUAACAACUCGCAUCAACAAGGAGGACAGUGUCAUUUCCAUUACGUCAGCUCUGCAAACAGCCACACGCCUGUCUCAGCAGGCAGAACUUGGAAGAAUACUUGAAGAAAUUGAGGAUCUGACAGCACGUUUAGAUGAUCUUGGCGGUAUCUACCUCCAUUUUGAAGAGGGACUCGAGGCCACUGCCUUGUUUGUAACUGCUGCAUAUUCCCUCUCAGAUCAUGUGGAUAUGGAGCCCCCCCUAAAACACGAUCAAGUCAUUCAGCUAGUCAACUCCAUUUUCAGCAAGAAGUCCUGGAACUCUCUAGCUGAAGCCUUCAGCGUCGCAAAUGCUGCUGCCACCCUCUCCAACAACCGUUUCCAUGUUCCAGUGGUCAUCAGCACUCAUGGCCCACCCACUGUAUCGCACAGCCAACCAACCCUGCAGAUCCUUGUUACUGACAUCAUGUCUCAGCCUCUGGCCUCAGCUAAUGUGCAGGUGGAUUCUGCAUAUGCAGUGGCUUCAAAAAGUAUCAUUCUUGCCCAAGCACCAUUCACUCUCAAUGAUGGUGUCUUUGAACUGAACUUCAUGUCCCAGCAGCCAACAAGUGGCUAUUACCAGUUAACUGUUUCUGUGACUGGUGAUAGCAGAUUGAUUGCAAAUCAUGUCGAGCUCAAAGUGAAGGUGUCAACUGAGGUGGCAGUUACCAAUAUGGACCUCUCUGUGGUGGAUAAGGACCAGAGCAUUGGCACAAAGACAACCAGGGUCGACUAUCCAUCAAAGGCCAAGAGCUCAUUCACCGCUGAUAGUCACCAGAACUUUGCCAUGACCUUCCAGCUGGUUGAUGUCAAUACUGGAGUUGAACUUACCCCCCACCAGACUUUUGUCCGUCUGCAUAAUCAGAAAACUGGUCAAGAGGUUGUUUUUGUUGCCGAGCCUGAUACCAAGGGCCUGUACAAGUUUGAGUUGGACGCAGCUGAGCGUAAAACCGAAUUUGCCCUCAUCUCUGGUACCUAUUCCCUGUAUCUCAUGGUUGGAGAUGCCACACUGGAGAACCCCAUCUUAUGGAAUGUGGCUGAUGUUGUGCUCAGGUUUGUUGAUGAAGAUUCUCCAGCUACAAUUCAACCCAAGACUCUUUACGUACCCAAACCAGAGAUCCAACACUUAUUCAGGGAACCAGAGAAGAAGCCUCCUACAGUUGUUUCCAACACGUUCACUGCACUUGUCCUGUCUCCCCUCCUGCUUUUGCUCAUUCUGUGGAUAAAGCUUGGGGCAAACAUUUCUAACUUUAGCUUUUCUCCCAGCACCAUUCUUUUCCAUUUUGGACAUGCAGCUCUCCUGGGCCUGAUGUAUGUCUACUGGACCCACUUGAACAUGUUCCAGACUCUUAAGUACCUGGCGAUUAUCGGUGGUGUAACAUUCCUGGCCGGAAACCGCAUGCUGGCACAGAAAGCCGUGAAAAGAAUUGAGAAAAAAUAGACGCAAACAUUGAACACAAACACUGAAUGGGCACAGGUUUCCACCCCCUGGAGUCGAUCAUCAAUACGUCCCAUCCCCUUGGACUCGAUCAAUACAUCCCAUCUCACUUUGGAACACCAUAGCAUUUGAAGAAUCCGUGUGUGGCCGAAUGGAAGAAAAAUCAGGAACGCCUCUGAGAUCAGAACAGUUCUAUCAGACUGCCCCACUUUGUUGCAACAUGAUCGAUCAUAGCAGUUCAUCUUGCGGGAUUUUGUUGUUAUAACAUUGUCAGUGCUCUUUUUGUUUGUGUGUGUGUGUCUGUGGUUUCUUAAUGAAAUUAAAUACUUUUUUUUUUUUUUUUUGUAACUUACCGUUUGUCUCCUCUGUUUAUAAACAGGCCAGCAGAUCUUACACGCUGAUCUUUACUCACUGUACUUUUACAGUACCAAGUGUUUGAUUGUGUCAAAGUAGAACUUGUUUCCUGUUUGAUACAAAUUUCCACCCCCAAGAUAAAUUGUUCAUAACGUGGAAAUGAAGGAUGUUUCUGUCUUAAGAAAUAAAGAAAUGGUCAAUUGGUGUUCUA